AUGGCGGGUGAUAGGUUAAAGGUUCAAUACCCGUUUUGGUAUGGUGGAGCAUCUAGUAUGGCAGCAUGUUUGGUAACUCAUCCGUUGGACCUAGCCAAGGUUCGUUUGCAAACAGCGCUGACGCCCGGUCAGUCUUUAAUUUCCAUGAUUUACCAAAUCAUAGUCAAGGAAGGCUUUUUUAAAGUAUAUUCUGGUUUAACUGCCUCUCUCUUGCGACAAGCAACAUAUUCAACCACUCGAUUUGGUGUUUAUGAGUUCUUGAAGGAAUAUUACGUUAAAGUUACAGAAACCUCCAAGCCAAGUAUGGGCAUUCUAUUACCAAUAUCGAUGGUGUCUGGAGCAUUGGGUGGACUUGUGGGAAAUCCGUCCGAUGUUGUUAAUAUUCGAAUGCAAAAUGAUUCUACAUUGCCUCGAGAGUUACGAAGAAACUAUCGAAAUGCUUUUGAUGGGUUGUAUAAGGUCUGUAAAAAUGAGGGUGUCGGAUCGUUAUUUAGGGGGUUGUCGCCCAAUCUAGUACGAGGAGUCCUUAUGACCGCUUCUCAAGUGGUGACCUAUGAUGGUGCCAAAAAUGUAUUAAUUGACCUAUUACAUAUGGACCCUUCAAAAAAGUCUACUCACUUUAGUGCAUCCUUACUUGCUGGUUUAGUGGCCACAACAGUUUGCUCUCCAGCGGACGUUGUAAAGACUCGAAUAAUGAACAGUAAGGGUACCGGCAAAAGUGCAUUUUCAAUAUUAAGAUCGGCUGUGCAAAACGAAGGAAUCGGGUUUAUGUUUCGAGGGUGGGUUCCUUCGUUCAUUAGGUUGGGUCCACACACAAUAGUCACAUUCUUGGUGUUGGAGCAGUUGAGAAAAUUUAAAAUUGCAAUGUAA